GUGUGUGCAAGUGUAGUCAUGGCUGUCUGACAAAACAUUCGAAAUAACAAGAAUUAAUGUAGUAGUUGGUUAUCGAAAGUAUCAUGUCGUGUUUCUUACAAAGUGCAACGUUGUCUUGAUUCAAAUUUCGAAGAGUUUAUUGGCAACAUAGUGGCCCUGAAAUUUCAUUCAAGUUCAUGUACAUCAACGCACUUCGUGGACGUAGUAGAGAAUAAUAAUAAAUAAGCAGAUAGCGAUUGCAGCGAGGAAGGAAGUACGGGGUUCAAGGUGCGGUGAGUGAGAGCCUGUGAAGUUCUCUUCUGAAAUCUUGUCGAACGAGCGUCGCGUCUAACGACCACCGACGAUCGAUUACGCAAGAUGACCAUUCUGUCGAAGAAGAAGACGAACGCCUCGAAAGAUAGACGAGAAGGAGGCAGCACUUCCGAAGUCGAUGUUCACGGAGUGCAAAACGAGCAUGGCUCUGGAUCCAUCGCACUACCUAAUAGCCCAUAUCAGGUACGUGCAGCGAACGGUUUCGCGGUCGAUCUCCACGGGGUUCAGACCGAUCAUGGAUCUGGUUCUAUCGUUCUUACGGGUAGUUCGUACGAGGCUAGUGUUGAUCGAAGGGAAGAUAAACACUUUGAAGAAGGAAGCGGUCCAAGUCAUGGCAAGCGUCAUAGACAACGAGCAAGUCCACAUAGUGGAUGCAUUGGAAGAAAUUCGCGUUCUAAACGCGAAAGAGAACGAGACAGGGGUCGUGAUAGAGACAGAGAGAGGGAAAGAGAACGUGAAAGACAGGCUACACCUCCGACUGCAUCUGGCAGUGGUUUACAAGCUACAGAUGCUGGUGUAAUAACCAACAAUCGGAUGGCUAUUGCUGCUGCAAAUUUAGAACACGAAUUAGCCAAUGGUUACAAUAGCGGCGAUGAAUAUACUGGUAGAACUGGUAACAACCUUACAUUAGCCGAGUGGCAAGAGCGGGAUAGGUGGUUCGAAAAACGAAUGCGCAAGAUGGGAUUUAUUGUGAAAAAAAUGGGUGAAGAUGGAGCAUGUUUAUUCAGAGCUGUUGCAGAUCAAGUUUACGGCGAUCAAGAAAUGCAUGGCGUUGUGCGGAAGCAUUGCAUGGAUUAUAUUGCUUCCAAUCAAGAGUUUUUUUCUCACUUCGUAGCAGAAGAUUUCAGCACGUAUGUAGAUAGGAAACGGCAGGAGUAUGUCCAUGGAAAUCAUAUAGAAAUGCAAGCAAUGUCUGAAAUGUAUAAUCGCAGCAUUCAAUUGUAUUGCUAUAGUAAUGAACCUAUCAAUAUCUUCCAUACAAUGGUUAAAAGUGAUAAUGAACCAAUACGAUUAUCUUAUCAACGUGGCAGUCAUUAUAAUAGCAUAGUAGAUCCAUAUAAAGCUACCGUCGGCGUUGGACUUGGUUUACCAUCGUACAAUCCUGGUGCCGCAGAUCGACAACUUAUAUCCGACGCAGUUCGUCAGAGCGAAGAGUUACACAUUGAACAGACGAUGCUGGAAGACAAAAUAAAAGCAACAGAUUGGGAAGCAACAAACGAAGCCAUAGAGGAACAAGUUGCCAGAGAAAGUUACCUGCAAUGGUUAAGGGACAAUGAAAUGCGAAAAGCGCGAUCAGCCAGUAGUAGCAGUACAAGUACGGUGACGAGUGCGCAGCACAGUCAUACUCAUUUUCAUCCUCAUGGAGGUCGUGGGCAACAACGUAGUCACACUUCUUCUCCGACCACGACCCAAACUAGCCAAGACACUUUACGUAAUUCUCCGAAGGUAAAUGAUGCGGUAAGGUACAAUAAAAGGUCGCCUCAGCAUCAGUCAACCCAAGGUUCUAAUAUAUCUCACCUAGCCUCAGACUUCGAAUCUAAAAUUCCUCAGGAGCCAAUGCCAGGCAGUAGUAAGGAAGUUCACGCCUCGCCAGAUAUUUCGUUGUUCAAUCGUCUUCCCCCUGAAGUAUUCGGUUUAACCGAUUGGGAGGACAGUGAUAUACUCUCAAAAGUGUUGGCAACAUCGCAACAGGAAUAUCUGGACAGCUUAAAACAAUCACGAAGUUCCGCAUCAUCCGGAAAUGAUACUAACAAUAUAUUAGAUUCCAGUAACAGUUAAUUCUUAAAAUCGUUAUUGAUAAUGUUCAAAGAAAUACUGAAGCAAAAGUAUAUAUGCAUUUAUAUGCAGUGUUUUUCAUAGGAUGUGAUAUAUCCGGAAAAUAGGAUAGUUGGAAGUAAAAAAUGAAGCAAUUCUUAGUGUCAACGCAUGAUCGUUAAUUACUAAAAGUCAUUGAUGAUUAUAUCGAAUGUAUGCCUAAUAGACUUAUUUAUCGUCGACAGAUCAUACUACACCGGUUUCUACUACCAUUGUAUACGUCAAGUUAGAUUUGAAUUUAGGCUAUGUACCGAGUGCCCAAAAGGAUGGUUCGAUCGUAACUCCAUGAAAUGUUACGAAACGGUUGCAAUGUUUAGAAUCCUGUUUAAUAAAGAUGUUAAGAAAUCUAACUGUUUUAUAAAAGUGUGAGAUAGAGAGAGAAUCAAGAUUUUUGUUUGCAAAAACAGAUACGAAAGUAUAUUAAGGGUGCAUUUGUUAUAGCUUUAACAAGUCGAAAUAUCAUUAACGACGAUGAUCACGUAAAAGCAUCGAGAAUUGUUUUAUUUUUAGUUAAAACGUUUGUCGUUUGACGAAUACAUAAAGUGCAUCUUAUGGGACACUCUGUAUAUAUUGCAGUAUCAUCUAAUUCUGCAUUGCACUAGGGUAUAAGGUGAUUUGCUUUUUCCAUUGGAGUAGAUGUUAUGCAAUGAGCAUAAUCAUCGUUCGAUUCCAUUUCGGGAUUAUCGAUGUGUGCACUGGUACUCUAAAAUAGUACAUACAUCGCUCCCGUCGCACCUUUCGAACACCAGAGUAGCUAUAUUUUUUUUGUCCGUAGCGUUUCACUUCAUCAUGAUCGAAAUGUUUUGUGCAAUCGAUUGUGACUCAACGAGAAGCAGUCCCCCUUUUCCUCAUUGUCAUGGAUAUUAUUAUUCAUCUAUAUUAAAUCCUCUGAGUGUUCUCGGAUGCAAUGUUCACCAUCGCGAACUAUACAAUCCAGUUGGGUUAACUGCGUAAUUGUAAAAUUUUUUUUCGUCAUACGAUAUGAUUCGUCUAAACGCUUUAGGGAAAAUCUUUAUUGCGUUAUUUGUAAAAAAAUACAAAUAAAACUACUACGCCGUAAGUUAAAA